GAAUACUUUGACUGCCUUGGGAAUGUCCAUAGCUCCCUGAGACCUCCAGAACCCAAUUUAUGUUGUUAUAUUCUCAGUGUCCUGCAGGAAAUAGUGUACUACGCCAAUGGCUUCUGCCUUAAGGAUAACCUGCUUUUUUCGCCUGAUUCAUUUUAUGCAGAGAUUUCCUGUUUGUCAGACAUCUGCAUUGACCUUCUGGGCUGUCUAGAGUUUUAUUCCUGUGUGCUCGGACUGUGCCUUAUUCUGGCUGAUUAUGCAAUCAAAGAGAAGUACACAGACUGGACAGAAUUUCUCAUACGUGAUUUGACUGGUUCGCGGACAGCACCUGCCAACCUACUGGAAGGUCCUCUGCGAGGGAAAGGCCCUAUAGACCUCAUUACAGUUGAUUCCUUAAUAGAACUUCAGGAUUCUCAGAACCCUUUUCAGUACUGGAUAGUUAGUGUGAUUGAAAAUGUUGGAGGAAGAUUACGACUUCGCUAUGUGGGAUUGGAGGACACUGAAUCCUAUGACCAGUGGUUGUUUUACUUGGAUUACAGACUUCGACCAGUUGGUUGGUGUCAAGAGAAUAAAUACAGAAUGGACCCACCUUCAGAAAUCUAUCCUUUGAAGAUGGCCUCUGAAUGGAAAUGUGCUCUGGAAAAAUCCCUUAUUGAUGCUGCAAAGUUUCCUCUUCCAAUGGAAGUAUUUAAGGAUCAUGCGGAUUUGCGAAGCCAUUUCUUCACAGUUGGGAUGAAGCUAGAAAUGGUGGAUAUGAGUGAACCCUUUCAUAUCUGUCCUGCAUCAGUGACCAAGGUUUUUAGCAAUCACUUUUUUCAAGUGACUAUUGACGACUUAAGACCAGAACCUAGUAAACUGUCAAUGCUGUGCCAUGCGGAUUCUUUGGGGAUUUUGCCAGUUCAAUGGUGCCUUAAAAAUGGAGUCAAUCUCACUCCUCCCAAAGGUUACACUGGCCAGGACUUCGACUGGGCGGAUUAUCACAAGCAGUACGGGGCAGAAGAAGCCCCGCCCUUCUGCUUCAGAAAUACAUCGUUCAGUCGGGGUUUCACGAAGAACAUGAAACUCGAAGCCGUGAACCCCAGGAAUCCAGGGGAACUGUGUGUGGCCUCUGUCGUCAGUGUGAAGGGGCGGUUGAUGUGGCUUCACCUGGAAGGUCUGCAGACUCCUGUUCCAGAGGUGGUUGUCGAUGUUGAGUCCAUGGAUAUCUUCCCAGUGGGCUGGUGUGAAGCAAAUUCCUACCCUUUGACUACAGCACACAAAACAGUCUCACAAAAGAAGAGGAAGAUUGCAGUUGUACAACCAGAAAAGCAAUUGCCAUCCGCAGUGCCUGUCAAGAAAAUACCUCAUGACCUUUGUUUAUUUCCUCACCUGGACACUGCUGGAGCCGGCAAUGGGAAGUACUGCUGCCCACAGCUUUUCAUCAACCACAGGUGCUUCUCGGGCCCGUACCUGAACAAGGGGAGGAUCGCGGAGCUUCCCCAGUCAGUGGGACCAGGCAAAUGCGUGCUGGUUCUGAAAGAGGUUCUUAGCAUGAUAAUUAAUGCAGCCUACAAGCCUGGGAGAGUAUUAAGAGAGUUACAACUGGUGGAAGAUCCACAUUGGAAUUUUCAGGAGGAGACACUCAAAGCAAAGUACAGAGGCAAAACAUACAGGGCUGUGGUCAAGAUCGUGCGGACAUCCGACCAGGUAGCAAAUUUCUGCCGACGGGUCUGCGCCAAGCUGGAAUGCUGUCCAAACUUGUUCAGUCCUGUGCUGGUUUCUGAAAACUGCCCAGAGAACUGCUCCGUUCAUACCAAAACCAAGUACACCUAUUAUUAUGGAAAGAGAAAGAAGAUCAUUAAGCCCCCAAUUGGGGAAAGCAACAUUGAAAGCAGACACCCUAAACCAGCCAGACGAAGGAAACGACGAAAAUCCAUUUUUGUGCAGAAGAAACGGAGAUCUUCCACCAUGGACUGUACAGCAGGCUCCGGGGAGGAAAGUGAGGAGGAUGCAGACGCCAUGGAGGAUGACAGUGGGAGCGAGGACACUAGCUCUGAGCUCCGGGACGACCAGACAGACACCUCGUCCGCAGAGGUGCCAUCGGCCAGGCCCCGCAGGGCUGUCACCCUGAGGAGCAGCUCGGAGCCCGCACGCCAGCCACCUGUGGAGAGGGUGCGGAGGGGCCGCAGUACCACGGCCACCUCCUCGGCAGAGGAGGGAGAGAAGGGCCCACCCGCCAGGCCCAAGGGGACAGAGGACACAAAGCAGGAGGAAGAGGAGAGACUGGUCCUGGAGAGCAACCCGCUGGAGUGGACGGUCACCGAUGUGGUCAGGUUCAUCAAGCUGACCGACUGCGCCCCCUUGGCCAAGAUCUUUCAGGAGCAGGACAUCGAUGGCCAGGCGCUCCUGCUGCUGACUCUCCCAACGGUGCAGGAGUGCAUGGAGCUGAAGCUGGGACCUGCCAUCAAGUUAUGCCAUCAGAUCGAGCGAGUGAAAGUGGCUUUCUACACCCAGUAUGCCAACUGACUCCACUCUCUGGGGAGUGGCCCGUCGUCUUUGUGAUGCCAUGUUGAUGAAGGUUUUCAGGACUGAAACUUCAAUUUUUCUGGGAUAUGU